AUGGCGGCCAGAGGGGAGCUAUUUGAGGUUUCUGUUUGGCCCAGUCAGGCCUUCGUGGGCUUUGGACAGUCCUUGGUGGUCAACUGCAGCACCACCUGCCCAGACCCAGGGCCCAGUGGCAUCCAGACCAACUUAAAGAGAACCGAGGUAGACAAAGGCCACCAGUGGAAAGAGUUCCUCCUGGAGGAUGUCACAGUGAACUCUGUCCUGCGGUGCUUCUUUUCUUGUGCAGGGAUCCAAAAGGAUACCGCCCUCAACAUCACUGUGUAUGAGCCGCCAGAGCAGGUGAUCCUGGAGCUGCAGCCUGACUGGGUAGCCAUGGAUGAAGCCUUUAUGGUGAAGUGCCUUGUGCCCCAUGUGGCACCCCUGAAGCACCUCACCCUUACCCUUUUCCAGGGUAACCAAGAACUGUACAGAAAGAACUUUGUGAGCUUGGCUUUGGCCCCUCAGAGAGCUGAGGUCACUACCAUCAGUGUCACAGCCCAGAGGGAGAAUGACAGGUGCAAUUUCUCCUGUAGUGCAGAACUGGAUUUGAAUGCACAAGGUUGGGGGCUCUUUCACGGCAGCUCAGCCAUCAAGGUACUCUGGAUCUUUGAAUUCCUCAUCUGGGUCUCUUCAGUUCUGGAAGUUGGGACGGCAGAACCUGUGAGCUGCGAGGUGGCUAGGGUGUUCCCAGCCAAAGAUGUUGUAUUCUGUAUGCUUCUGGGAGGCCAGGCGCUGAGCCUCUUCCUCUCCUGGAAGGGAGGGACAGUGUGGGCCAAUGCCACUGUUCGGACCAUGGAGACUGGUGUCCAGGAGCUGUCGUGUUUUGUAUCUCUGGGUCCAGUGGAACAGGAAACAAGGCAGCCAGUGCUUGUCUAUAGUUUCCCUCCACCAGUCCUAGAGAUAGAAGAACCAUAGCCCGCGGCAGGGACAGAUGUUAAUGUAACCUGCUCAGGGCAUAUAUUAACAUCACCCAGGCCUACUCUUAGGCUUCAAGGAUUCCCACAUCUCCCUGCCCUUGGGGAAGCUGCCUGGCUUCUAUUUACUGCCAAGGAGGAGGAUGAUAGCCGAAAUUUCUCCUGUGAGGCUGCUUUGGAGGUGCAGGGCCAGCAACUGAUUAAAACUACUGUGAUUCAGCUCCAUGUUUUAUACAAGCCAAGAUUGGAAGAAUCUGGUUGCCCUAGCAACCAGACAUGGGUAGAAGGGAAGGAGCAGAUGCUCAUUUGUGUCCCAGAGGGAAACCCAGCUCCAGCUUUAGUGUACACCUGGAAUGGGAUUAUCGUUGACCUUGACGUGCCUCAUAAGGCAGCCCAGAACCACAUUGGAAUCUACUGCUGCACAGCCACUAACCAGCUGGGCUCUGUCGGCAAAGACAUUGCUCUUACUGUUCAAGGAUGCAAUAAAGGAAGCAGUUACACCGUCUUCUUCAUUGUUGUUGUCCUCCUUGUGGUGGGCAUAAACACAACAGCACUGUAUUUUAACCUUGGACCCUGCAAAAUAAAGAAGAGGAAAUUGCCUUAUCAGCAGAAAGAGCAGAACAAAGUGGAGGAAAACCAGUUUGGUGUUCAACAAGCAGAAUUGUGAAACUCACAUAAUUUUUGUCUAGAAACAGGUCUUUGGGUGAAUGAGAUUUCUACUAUUGGAGCUUCUCAAGAAGGGAAGAGUAGGGGCUGGGGAUUUAGCUCAGUAGCAUAAGUGCCUGCCUAGCAAGCCUGAGUUCGAUCCCCAGUACCAAAAAAAAAAAAAAAAAAAAAAAAAAGAAGGAAGAGUAGACCAAGGAGAAAGGAAGAAACUUUGUGAGGUUUUAUUGCCCUCAUUGUUCUCCUGUUCAGGUUCCCAUGUCCUGUGUGUCCCAUCCACUGUGUGUCCCAUCUAUGUAUAUAUUUUUCUGAAUUUAAUCAGUAAGAAUUUUGGUUCCGUGUUCAACUAGUGAGAUUGGCCUUUUCCUCUUUGCUAUAUUUUGUAUGUUCUUAUAUUAAAAUAUGAUCUUGCAAUUGCCUCUUCAUUCCCACUGCUCCUUUUUCCCAAACAUCAGACAAAAGAAAUAGUCAAGCUGGGCAUGGUGCCACAUGCCUGUAAUCUCAGCAUUUGGGAGGUUGAAGCAGGAGGAUCUUGGUGAGUUUGAGGCCAGUCUGGGCUACGAAGAGAGUUCAAGACCAGCCUGAACUGUAUAUA